AUGAGGGAUUUCAGGUCGGACCGAUACAAUAAUAGCCGGCCACGGAGAGAUUUUGCUGGUCAGUUAAGACCUACCAACACUCAGGCGGUCAAUGCAGUGUUCCGAGAACCGGUGCACCAGGUUCUGGAAAAGGUUAAGAAUGAACCAUUCUUCAAAUGGUCAAACAAGAUGGUUGGGAAGCCCCUGAGACGAAACCAAAACCUUUAUUGCCAGUACCAUCAGGACCAAGGGCACACUACAAAGGAUUGCAGGAAUUUGUGGGACCAUUUGGACCAGCUGGUCCAAGAAGGGAAGCUGAAACAUCUGUUGCAUCACACCAGUAGCCGAGUGGGCCAAACAAAUUCGGAACACAGGAGGGAUGAUUCUUCAAGACCGCCCUUGGGAAUGAUCAAUGUUAUCUUCACUGCUCCUGGCAGGACCAGUUCUUGCCACUCUAGAGACAAGAUCGGAACUAUUCAACCCCAUGACGAUGCUCUAGUGGUCACACUCAGGAUAGAAGGGUACGAUGUAAAGAGAAUGUUAGUAGACCAGGGUAGCAUUGUCGAGGUCAUGUACCCCGACCUGUACAAGGGACUGAGGUUAAAACUCGAGGACCUGACAACUUACAAUUCCCCUCUGAUUAGUUUCGAGGGAAAGACUGUUAUUCCAAAGGGUCAGAUCAGACUACCUAUACAGACUAGUUCGAAAGUGGUGGAGGUAAACUUCAUCGUGGUGGAUGUUUAUUCCCCCUACACGGUUAUUGUGGCCAGACCCUGGCUCCAUGCUCUAGAAGCCGUUUCAUCCACCCUGCACUGGAAAGUAAAAUACCCAUCGGGGGGCCGCGUCGAAGAAAUUGUGGGGAAUUAA